AUGAAAUUUGUUUAUUUUAUUAUCCUGCAACUUUUAUUAGGAUUGUUCGUUAAAGGGAAAUUGUGUUUGUAUUUAUUUAAAAAAUUGAUAGAUUUUGAUAUAGAAUAUAUUAACACUUAUAAAAAUAAAAUACGAGAAGAAUAUGUCGCAAAUUCUGAUACAAUAAUUUAUGAAUUUAUAAAUAAAAAUGUAUAUUUAAAAAACAAUUAUGUUGAAAUAAAUGUAAAAGGUGCAAUAAAAAAUAUCAGCACAACACUCGUUGACAAAAUUAUCUUUCUAUUACCAUAUCAUGAAGCUUUUCAGGGCGCUAAUCUCCAAAUAAAAGACGAAAAAAACAGCGAAUUGAAUUAUAAAGUUUUAAGAAAUGUAAUUGAUAUAGACAAAAUAAAUAUCGACAAAUUUAAUAAUGAUUAUGAUAUAGAAUUAUUUAAUGUGAAAAUAUUUGAAAUAUAUUUAAAUAAAAAAUUAAAAAAAAAUGAAAAAAUAUUAAUAAAUUUAUCUUAUAUUUUAGGGCAACCUUAUUUUCCUUUUCCAAUUGAUAUUAAUUUAAAUGAAAAACAAAAUGUUCUAUUUUAUAUAUCUUCAAAAAUUUUAUUACCAUAUAAUGUAGAAAAUGAAGAAAAAAUAAUUAUACAUAUGUGUGAAGAUUGUAUACUUAAAGAGUUUGAUGAUGUAAAUUAUAUGAACUGGUUUGAAAAAAUCGACACAAAUAAAUAUGUACAUACGAAAAAUAAUGAUAUAAGAAAUUCAGAAAAGUUUAAUAAGUUAAAUAAUGAUAAUCGUUUUUCAUUGGGAAAUAAAGUUUUAUUUUAUUUUACUUCGGAUUAUAAUUUGGGAUAUUUUGAAAAAGUUGUAAAAGAUAUAAAGAUAUCUCAACUAGGUUAUAUAUAUGAACAGGAAGAAUAUAUUUUAAAAAAUAAUUCGGCAAAAAUAAAUAAAUUUGAUAGAUAUUUGCUAAGUGAUUAUGAAAAUAAAUAUACUUCAGAAGAGGAUAGAGAAAAAAACGGACAAAAAAAACAAACAAAACUAACAAAACAAGCAAAACUAACAAAACAUAAUAAUAAAAACCAUUCCAGUAUUAUAUAUUCUAUGCAAUCUAAAAUAAAUUACAACAUUUUUGAAUAUAACUAUUUUGAUGAGUUAGGAAAAAUAUAUCUAAUUAGAGCAGGCGAAUUUUAUGAUACACACAAAAAAAAAAAUAUUAUAAAAUUUGAUCUAAAACCAAGAUAUCCAAUUUUAGGGGGAUGGAAAACACAAUUUUGUAAUUCAUACUACCAUUCAUCCAAUUUGUUUAAAAUUAAAAAUAAAAAAAAUUAUUAUGCUUAUCAAGUUGAUAUUUCACCAUCAAUAAAAUCUUUUUAUAUUAAAGAAAUGCACAUAAAUAUUUAUCUACCCCCUUAUUCUAAUAACAUAUCCAUAAAUAAUAAUAAUUUAAAGGAAAUGUCUGUUAAAAAUGGAAAAGCUAAAGAUUGGCUAGAUCUUAUUUCCCAUAGGGAUACAAUCCAAAUACAAAUUCAAAAAAUAUUUCCACAACAUGAGGAAAACAAUUAUAAAAAUUUUAUAGUUAUGUAUGAAUUAAAAUUUUUCAACAUUUUUCUUAAGCCUUUAAUUAUUAUAUUGAUAACCUUUAUUGUUAUUCUAUUCUUUUACUUUAUUAAUGGCUUAUCCUUUAGCUUUAAUGUAGAUAAGGAUAAUUUAAAGAAAGAAACACAAGAACGUAUCAUUUUUGCAGAAAAAUGCAAAGAAUUGUACGAGAAUUUGUCUCAUAUAUCAGAUAAUUUAAUUAAAUCUUUGAGUAAUGUAAAUCCACAAGAAAGGAUUAAAAUGAAAGAUAAAUUUUUAAAGGAAGAAGAAAAGUGGACACACGAUUUUAUAUAUUUCACCAAAGAGUUUUCUAGGAACUUUGAAAAUACUGCAAGAAAAGGAAUGCUAAAAAAUUACAUAAAUAAAUGUUUUAAUUACCAUUCAGUUGUUAAACAAUUUUUUGAAGCCCAAUUACAUAACAAUUUGAACAUAAAUUUAAAUGAAUUAGCGGAAGUUGAAAAGGAACUAGUUAUUUUGCUAAAAUAUAAUUAG